AUGGAUGAUGACGAAAAACGACAAAGGAGAAGCCAACCAAAAAGGACACGAGAAGCGAUGAAGAAGCUAAAAGAGAUAGCCGAGGAUUUGAAACAAAAGCUUCCUUUCGAAGCAGUUAUGCCGACUGAAAGGAUCACCUAUCCGACGAAGGGCUACGAUUCGGAUUGUAACGCGACAAAUACGGUUCACAUUGACAACUUUCUUUUCACUGAUGACGAUGUGGACAAGCUUGUCGAAGAGGGAAAACUGUCUAGAAACUUUUGUCAACAAUGUGGAUCUAAGGACACAAAACCACUCAAUUUUAUCUCCCAUUCGUUGUCACCGGAACAGAUAGAAUUCAUGUUUACCAAGUUGGUGCCCUUGCAACGGAGGAACGGACUCGUUGUGCUGGACAUUGGCUCAAGGAUGGGCGCCGUUCUGUAUGGGGCUGCUUUGAUCGGUGCUGAAAAUGUGACCGCUAUUGGAAUUGAGUUGAACGAGGAGUUUGUGCAGUUACAAAAGACUAUUUGUCAACAAUAUGGGAUUUCUAAUAUCAAACUUUACUGUGAUAAUGUCCGAAAUCAAGGCGACAUAGUAAGUACGGCAGAUAUCGUUGUGAUGAAUAACGUCUUCAGCUUUUUCAUGUCCGAAAGUGAGCAGGUAUCAUGUUGGGAGUUCUUGAAGGAUAAACUCAAGCCCGGAUGUAUCAUUUUGCACAAUCCAUCUCUCGUUGAUGUCACGGAGCAUUUACCGUUGAAAUUCACAAUUGAGGAUUGGUUGGAUGAGAAACCCGUUGAGGACCUAGCUUUCGAGUUUUGUGGAACAAAUGAGGGCUCCGAGUACGAGGAUUGCACUCAAAUGCAUAUCACUCCUCCCAACAUGCCAAAAAAGGGGUUGGAUGACUCCGGGGUGAAGCUGUCUCCGGUCGUUCUGGAUAUGAAGUUUAUGAGCCGCACGAAGAAGAAGCUCGAGAUGGAAGAACAAAAGAAGAAAGAACGCGACGAGAAACGGCGACUCCUCGGAAACGACCCGCAAAUGAGCAGCAGCAGCGUCGAAGUGAAGCCGGAUCCCGAUGCAGAACCCCAACUUAUCUUCGAGCGCUGCUACGAGAAAUUGGAGGAUCUCUGCUUCGGUCGAAUGUCUUUCAAGGGAUUCAAUCCGGAAGUUGAGAAACUAAUGGUCUACUACGAGAACAUCCGCCGUGGAAUCGAGCCGGGUGAAUCGGAAGAAGAGGAUGCAGCCGACGUGAACAAGGCUGAGAUGGCGAAUACAAUUGGUGGUUCUCUACGCAAGAAGUUCACAAAGAAACGAGAUCGUACUGAUGAGGUGAAUUCGUUGCGAGAUGAGUCGACUGGUGACAAGACGGCUCCGAAGCGAAAAUCGGAUGAGGCACAAGGAUCUGGAGAUGGUGAUGGUCAACAGCCUUGGAAGCGAUCGCGCAAGACGUUU